AUGUUGCUCAGGACGAGCUCAGCUGCUUUGCUGCUCUUCCUCCUCUGCCUGCAUAGCUCCCUGGCCCUGAAGCUCUGCUCCUUCAAUAUCAGAUCUUUUGGGGAGAGCAAGAAGGAAAACCGCCAGGCCAUGGAGGUCAUUGUCAAGGUCAUUAAACGCUGUGACAUCAUACUCUUGAUGGAGAUCAAGGACAGCAACAACAUGAUUUGCCCCAUGCUGAUGGAGAAGCUCAAUGGAAAUUCAAGAGGCACAACAUACAACUAUGUGAUUAGCUCUCGGCUCGGAAGAAAUGUUUAUAAAGAACAGUAUGCCUUUCUCUACAAGGAAAAGCUGGUGUCUGUGAAGAAACGCUAUCUGUACCAUGACUAUCAGGCUGGAGACGCAGAUGUGUUUUCCAGGGAGCCUUUCGUUGUCUGGUUCCAGUCGCCUUUCACUGUUGUCAAGGACUUUGUGAUUGUGCCCUUGCAUACCACCCCCGAGGCAUCUGUGAAAGAGAUUGAUGAGCUGGUUGAUGUCUACACGGAUGUGAAACACCUCUGGAACGUGGAGAACUUCAUUUUCAUGGGCGACUUCAAUGCAGGCUGUAGCUAUGUCCCCAAGAAAGCCUGGAAAAACAUCCGCUUGAGGACCGACCCCAAGUUCGUUUGGCUGAUUGGGGACGGAGAGGACACCACAGUCAAGAAGAGUACCAGCUGUGCAUACGACAGGAUCGUGCUCCGAGGACAAGACAUCGUCAAUUCUGUGGUGCCCAAGUCAAGUGGCGUCUUUGACUUCCAGAAAGCUUACAAGCUGACAGAGGCAGAGGCCCUGGACGUCAGCGACCACUUUCCAGUUGAAUUUACACUUCAGUUUUCAAGAGCCGUCACCAACAGCAAAAAAUCUAUCCAGUCAAGGAAGAAAGUGAAACCCAAGCUUUCCUAGAUAUAACAGCACCAUCUCUUUUGAAUUGCUUCUUGUCUUUCUAAAUAAACAGCUCUAACCAGGGUGACCUGAUCCCAGCACUUUCAGGCGGCAGGACUGAUGUGACAACUUUCACUUUUCAACUUGAAUUUACUCUGAUCUGAGCCAUUUGUGGAGCUGGGGACGUCUUCUGUUUCCAUGCCGAAUUAUCCCAAAGGAAACUGGUGGCUGCUGAGGUCUGCAAGACCAGCCUUCACCCUCUGAGCUUCUGCCCUGCCCAUUGGCCCUGCUCCCCCUAUCCCAUAAGCGGCUACAGGAAAAGGAAGAGCAAUGGCUUUCAGCCCGCUGUGGGAAAAUGGAUUCAAUGGAAACGACCAGGAACACCAAGGCUCCAUCUGCAUACUGAACAGGGCAAUGACCUGUUUUAAGAACUUGUCCUCUCCUACCUAUAACAAUCUGUGCCACCCCAGAGCCUGGGUUCAGUGUCCCCAGUCCCUAUGGAUGCCAGGCAACUUAAAUUCCCUGUGUGUCACUAGGGCCAGCAGUGACACUCAGGGGCUCUAACACAGGUCCCAUUGGCCAGCCGGGGCUCAAGGAUUUUUAUCUUUUUAUCUUUUUGAAGCAGCUCAGGAAGGUCUAGCCACUCAGUACCCUUUGGCUUGUUUUGCUUUAUUGCUGUGAACAUGGCUAAAGGCACCAUGGCAUAAGCAAUGAAAAAGAGGUGUGGUGCCCCCGGACUCCUCCCCU